UUGAGCACGCCGGCGUUUCUAACUCCGUAGGGGGUCAGUCGACACCUGGUUGAAUGCAGUCCAUCUGCGGCCGAGGAAGCUUUCGCGGGCGUAGAGUGUCUGAAGUACCCAUGGGGCUAGGUCCGCGCUCCCCCCAUAAGGCCGGGCGCCGGUUCCCUGUUGGUGGCAAACGAGGGCGCGGGGCCAAGGGGUCGGGGCGUCCCCCAUCAGGACGCCAACAACAAUCUCGCCCGCCUCCGGACGGGCGCUCGGAGCUAGCUGUAGAUCCACACCCUCACCUGAGCCCCGAAGCGCUGGGAUAUUUCCGUCGGGCGUUAUCGGCGCUGAAAGGGGCCCCGGAGACCGGAGAAGAACGAGAGCUGAUGGUGCACAAUGUUUUGAAGGAAGUGGAGGCUCAAGCCCUAGCCUUGGCCACAGAUAGGACUGGCAGUGAGAUGCUGCAGGAACUGUUGGGGUUCAGUCCCCUGAAAUCUCUGUGUCGAGUGUGGGCUGCUCUGAGUUCAAACUUGCGCUUUGUGGCCUGUCAUCGAUGUGGGGUCCAUGUAUUGCAAAGUGCUUUGCUGCAGCUGCCUCGAUUGCUGAGGAGCCCUGCAGAGGAGGUGAAGGAGGAGGAGGAGGAUGGGAAGGAUGGUCUCUUGGAGACCCUGGAGGAGUUGAUCCUGGGACUAGCCUCUGAGGUGUGUGAUGAUUUUCUUUUCUACUGUGGAGACACACAUGGCAGCUUCGUGGUCAGAACUCUGCUACAGGUGUUAGGAGGGACUCUUCUGGAGUCUGAGAGAGCCAGACACCGUGGCUCCCAGUCACCUGGUAAGUAUUACAAGGGGACAAAGAAGACCUAGAGGAAAGGAGAGUUUAGGAAGUUCAGAAGGAGAGAGUAAGCAGAAGACUAAUUCUUAAUGACCUUGCAAAAUUAGCAGAGAAAUUAGGACAGGGCUUUGCAGGCCAAAGAUUUGUUUGCACAGAAGCCCAGAGGUGAGGAUGCAUAGGUGUGUUUAGGUGAAAGCUAAACAUGACUCAAUGUACAUUUGUAUUCAUACACAUACUGGAUUCAGGCAAAAGUUCAGGAAAUAAUAUCCUUACUUCGUGCACUCACUCUGAUAUUUUCCUCUUUUUUUUUUUUUUAAAGAUUUUAUUGGG